GUUCUUACUGUCAAUUAAAGCAGACUAGUCACACAUUUUUUAGAAUACAACUACUGCUACUGAACUGCACUCACUACUAAGACUACUACCUACUACUUAGCCUUAGCCUACUACGACUGUUGUCACUAGGCGUAAGCCUAAAUACUAGUAAAUACUAAUAAAUAAGUCAUCAGUGAGACCGAGUGUAAGUGCAAGAACAAGAGAAUAAUCUUUAGUUACGUCAAGUGAGUACACAGUAGACUAGAUACUUUGGUCAAAAAUUUAAACAUUUUGUAAAAAUAAACCAAUGUCAUAGUUGAAUAGAGCAAAUUUUUUACAGAAUUAUAACACCAAAAUCAUAUUUUUAGCUGUUGUAGUUUUAAAGUUAUGAAUUUUUAAAGUAUGACUUGGUUUGUCCUUUUUUAACAUGGACUGCAUCUCCACAUUCUGUGACCUCAUUCGGCUGAUCGCGUCAUGCACAAUGACUAUAUAGUUUAUAUAAGGCAACGCAUUCCCUUAUCACUAUAAUACUGUUUAGGGUCGACUUAUUUUAAACUUUCAACUUUGGCACAUGAAUAAUUAAAGCUUUCCCUGACCAAUGGUUUAAUAGUUUUUGCACAUGGCAAACUCUUAUGAAUGAAACUCUGAGAUAGUACUACGAUAUAGCCAUUAUGCAAGUGGCUGUGAAUGGUUGCCAAUGACAACGUGUUGCACAGGGAAAAUUCUGAUCAUUUAUAAUAUGGACUCUACUGGGUUUUUAAAGCUCAAAAAAACAUUCCAGUUUAAAUGUCUUCAAAAUGUCUGAAACACAAAAUAUAAAAUAUUUUGAUGUAUAUAGUGGUAAUAAUUAAAUAUUUCCUAAGUAUCGGCAACUUCCGCCAUUAAAAAGGGGGCGUGGCUUACGCCAUGUCGAAAUUAGGCUGAGCCAUCUUAUGGUGAUAUGGGUCACUGGGAGAAGCGUAACGAACGUGGGACACGACAUACAUCAAUGAAACUUGGCACAGAUAUAGAUCAAUAUCUAAUGCUUAGCCUAUACAGAUUUAAUUAAAAAGGGCCUUAUCUUAUUAUUUCACAAAAAAUUUUAUAUGUGAAGAUGCCUUAUAUAUACCAAAGAUUUUCAAAAUAAAGGUCGAUUGAAAAAAGCAAAACAGCUGGCUAGAAAUGUAGGCCAAGAUGUCUUCCAAAUUAAAAGGUCGGAAACGGGAACUCAAAUAUAUGUCGAAAGAACUAAUUUAAUAAUAAAUAGACGCACACAUCGGAAAAUUAAAAAACUCAGAUUUUUCGGCACCAACGCCCAUUUCCGAUACGAAAAAAGUAGUAGUCUCCCUUGUUUCCUCGAAGUAUCUACAGUAGACUGAUUAGUCCAUUAUUAUAGUAAUCAGAGGGGGCAUAAUAAUCUCUCAGAGUUAUAGUUAUAUUAUUAUAUUAUAUCUGCAACACCUGCUGCAGAAGGCUUCUGGAGCUAGGGACCAGGGAGGUCCAAGCCCCAACUUGUGCCAAACUGUCUUUUCAGUUUGCGCUUUGCACCCAUCCACAUAUUUUCAACAUUCCGCUUGUAGACAUUUAUUUAUUUAGGCAUUUUUUAUAUAGCGCUUACCUUAAAGCUCUAAGAGCUUUACAAUUAUUAAAAACAUGUAAACUAAGUAAAAUAAAAAUGAGACACUAGGAUAGUAACUACUAUACUAUAGAAACAAUUAAAAUGACUAUAAAACGAGGACACUUUGGCAUGUUUUGGCCUAUACUACAGGAUCAACCCAAGACAGAAAAUGAGGCAGGGCAAGGAGGGUGCAUCACAGGUCAUAGGCGGACCUAAACAGAUAGGUUUUAAGGGACUUUUUGAAAGGGGACGAGGUUUCACAAUGACGGAUAUGGAAGGGGAGCUUCAUUUGGAUCUACAAAAUAUUGUUGAUGGACUACAACAACAGAGUGUUCGUAGAUUAUUUCAGAUCUUGUUUAUGUUUCCAUAAGCCACCCAUCUUUCAAAUACAAUAAAUAAGUGAGCCUGGAAUCCUGAAAGGAUAUAUCUCUUUAUGCACUCCUAUAAAGUGAUCGCACAUCGGUUUACACUUAAACAAGAAAUGAGAAAACAGCGCCCACUCUCUCUUUGCAACCGAGUACCCAGUGGCCCUCUCUCCACUGUCCUAUUAAAAUUAACAGACAUCAAUGAGAGAAUGACCGUUUAGAUAGCACUUCAAACGAGAAGUAGGUGAUUUUUGGAAAACCAACACUAAAGUGGUAAGAUUAUCCAAAUUUUAACAUAUCUAAGGGGUAUGGUACCUCCAAAAGUCAUUCAACAUCUUUGGUCACUAAGGAGACUAAUGCACAGUAUAUUAAUGCUACACACCGUGAUAGCCUAAUAAAGAGUAUAUUCAAUUCAGAAUGAUUUAUUUAACUUAGGAUUGUAUCUAUGGGCCUUCCAUGAAUUUAUUCAAAUGAAUAAAUUAUGCCUUAAAUCAGAUAAACAAGAAUAACAUCCUGCAAAAUGGCCUACCAAAAUGUAAACAGAGAUUUCAAUCAAAUGCGCAUGCAGAAGGUACCACCUGGAACUUCUCCUAAGCCCUAUACUCAAGCUCCACAACCAUUUAGACCAGGUCAGUUAAUUUUAACAUUUUUUAUAAAUUGAUCUUACGCCAAUGACAUGUAAAGCCAGUGCAAAAAAAAUGGAAAAACAUACAAUUAAAAUUUAUAAUUUAUAAGUUUAAAAAAAAAUAUUGUUCUGAUUUCAGUUUUUUAUUCCAAUUAUCUACCAUGGAAAUUUAAAAUUAUCUUUGCUUUUAAACUUCACCAUGCCAAUUAAGCUUUGUUGUAAAUGCACAAAAACCUAUUUACUUUUGAUGCUUAACUAUUAAACAGAUUUUUCUUGAUUUCAUCAAUAAAUGUGAACAAUUCCUAGAAUGUUGUACAUGUUUUGUAAUACAAGAUUAUGUUUAAUAGAAAAAUUAUAUGUUUAUUGAUUUACAUUGCUAAUUUAUAAUUUGAUGUUAAUUGUGGCUCUAGUGUUUUCCUUUUUUUUAGGAAUAUUAAAUUUAUGUUUUGGUUUUGUCCAAAUAGGAGGUCCAAACUAUCGGCCAGUAAAUGUUGAGCACUACAGGGAUGAAUCUGGGGCAUACCCUCCCCCUCCUCCACCUGACAGUGGGCCCAAGGGCUAUGGUUAUGGCCAAGAAGAUGACUUCCCACCACCACCACCCCCUGCCCCUCCCCAAGCUUACGCAGAGGAUGAAACUCACACCUACACUAAUGUCUACAGUGGCGAGGCUCGUUACAUGAGGACAGAGGAUUACAGACCUCAGGACUAUAAUUCAGCUUCACCACGCACCACUAAGACAACCAGUAGUGCUGCUAAAGGUCAAUUUUGAAUUUUCAAAUUCUUAAUAACCAAAGUGCGAUGUAAAAAAAGACAUGCACAUCUUGAAGUGUCGUAUUAAAAAAGAGUAAUUCUUUUAAAGAGGCCAGACAUAAAUAAAUUUGAAAUGGUAUAUUAUAGUGUCCAAAGUUGAUAACAUACAAUUAUUAUACAUGUGUUCUUUAAAUAAUAAAUAGUUAUAGUUUCAUAAGGUAUACCCACUAAACAUGAAAUCCCUUUAAAUUUGUUUUAUUAUUAUCUUAUGUAAAUGCACAAGUAUUUGGCAGAUAUAAUUAUAGUGCACUUCUUCAAACGAUGAUACUAUAUAAAGUUAUCAGAAAUAAUAAAUAAUCGUUGUACAUUAUGAAUUUCAGUAACCACGUACUCAGGAACAACAGCGUAUCCAGGAGAAUCUAAUUAUGCCAAUAUCCAAAUCAAUAUAGCUCCGCCUACUCCAACAAAUAAAGAGUUCGGGUAUGGGGAUGUCAGUUACGUACCAGUUGGUGAGUUUAACCAUUAAGCUGGUCUCUCUUUAAAUGAUGGAAAAAACUACAGACUGAGUGAAAAUUCAAGCUCAACUCUUUUUUUUGGAGAAAACUUUUUACCUUAGUUUUAACAGAUGUGCACUUUAUUUAUUAUGUUAAGUAAAAUACUGCUACCUAAAAAACAUUUAAAAAUUUGCUUACACUUAAGCAUAAUAGAGACAUGAUGAUAUUUAGGGAGUCAUGAGUUAGAUUUUGAAAAUAUAUUUAAUGUGUAUACUAGAUUUUUGCUGUCAUGAAUAUUCUGCCAAAUUGCAAUUAAUAGCAAUAUUAUAAAACUAAAAAAAGGAAGUAAUUUUUCUCUAUCUAAAAAUAGUUAAGCUAGUUCAUUGAUGAAAUAUUUUUUAUUUGAUUUAGUAAUCAUUGUUAAAUUUGGUGUUGUCUUUCUUCAUAUGUUUCCUUUACAAAUGUUAAAAAAUGUCUACCACAGCUUUAUGUUAAUCAAUCAUAUGAUCUAAUAUUUAACAGCACCAAAAAAUACAAGCACGUCUGAUUCAUACAGAGUUGGUGGAGGUCAGGUGGCCAGGUCUAUCAUUGGAGAGAGGCCUGUACCUGGACCCAUGGUGCCCCCUGGUGGACACGUAAGUCUUAGCCAGUCAUUGAAUCAUAUUAAUUAGCGCUUUAAAAUGUUUGCAUUUCAUCAUUAGUGCAGUGCUAAGGGUCACACCAGCUUCAUGUAGCAUGUUCAGUAUUUAAAUUUGGGGAAAAUCUUCAUAUCAUCCACCCUCAUCAUAUGUAUGAAAUAAAUUUUUUAUUGAUAAGUAAUUUUAAAAUAUGAUUCAGAAAAUUUCGUGUCCUUAAAAUAGAUUUAUUUUGAAUUUCUCUUUAUUUGAAAAAUAGAUGAGUGGGCCUACCUCAUCUGCUCCUUCACAGGGUAAGCUGGAGAAAGAGGCUGAAGUAGAUGCCCUGACAGAUUUGUUGAUGAAGAACAUGACCUCUGCUGCCGAGGAUAAAGACUAUUGGGGUACUGCAUCAGUUUAAAAUGUUUAAUUAUUUCAUAGCAAAGCUAAAAAAUAAACAUAUUUAUUUUUUUAAUUUAUGUCUACUUUCUGGUAGCAGCAAGAUGGCGGAAUACAAAAUAACAAGAGCACAAAGGGAAGGAAAUCAGACAUUUAGACACAAAUUAAUCAGUCAAAUUUGCGAAGAAACACACUAAAGACUUUAGCCAAAAACAAAAUGUAUGUAUUUGGAUAGGUAUAAUUCAUUUAAUAAGUUGAUAAAAUGAAACUAAACAGGUCCUUGUACCAUCACCAUAUGCAAUAACUUCAUAAUCCUACAACUGUUGUGCCGACCCAAUGUCUUGGGAGCAUGCCACAAGACAUGGUGGAAACAUGAGGAUGUGUCUGCCUGGCACAUGAAGACUGGACCUGGUGGACCAUGUGAAGACUUGACCGUUGUGGACCAAGUGAAGACUGGGCCAUGGUGGACCACGCCAAAGAGAUCCUUACGUGAUACAAAAUGGGUGGAAAAGCAGAUGCAGCAAAUGUGGUGUGGAACGUGAAAAGAGCACAGUGAGACACAAAAAGCACUCCAGGUCAUGCACUGCAUCCUUGUCUUUUACCAGUCAUCUUGACUAAGUCUCGGCACUGGAUCAAAAUGGGCAUGGACGAGGGGCUGAGGCUGAUAAAUUGUACAAGUCUCCCUCACCUUAAACAAAAGAAAGCGCAUAUCAGGGCUAUCACCUCUAGGUGUCCAGGCUACGCUGCCUAUGUAAACUUACUGGUAUAAGGUGGCUGGACGAAUAGAGUCCCUGAUACAGAGGUCCCACAUUGGGCUGAUUUUAACACCAUCCACGCGCUCCUACAAAAAGGAGAAGCCAUAUUGGGAAGGGCAUGUUGCCAGACAGCAGAUUUCCGAAACAACCAAUGUUCAUGAACUCUCAUGUGGGAACCGCUCAUCUGGUGGGUAGAAAAAAAUGCUUCAAGGGCACUCUAAAAGCAUCACUGAAAUCCAGAGACAUUGACGUUGAUUUGUGGGAGACGCUUACUAUGGAAUGUCCAAGCUGGUAUCAAUCCUUGGAGAAUAAACACAUCGCUCACUACUCUAAUCCUACUAGGACCCCAAACAACGCACAGGCACAAAUUGGACUGGUAGGCCACCUGCGUACUCACCAAGUAAUAUAUCAUUGGUCAUAUUCUCAUGAGAAGGACGAACAAAAUUCAGACUUAGCAUACAAUAAGAAUGUUCUAUGUAUCUUUCAGUAAAUCUUCAACUGAAAUGAUAUGUUAACUUAUAAUUUCUAAUAUCAAAAGAACUGAUAUCUUCUACAGGUAUGUGUGGUCGAUGUGGUAACACAGUCUCUGGCAGUAUGAAUGCCUGCUCAGCUCUUGACAAUGUCUAUCACAUUGGCUGUUUCACCUGCGUUGGAUGCAGUGAGUGGCUUAUUUGUUCGUAAAGGAUGAUGGGGGAAAAAAGAAUACCCAAGAAAAUAAAGAAACAAUGUCAUAUCUACUUCAAGUUAUCAAUUGUAGAUUUUAAAAAAUUCUACCAUGAUAAGACUCAUUAUAAAACACAAUUUUAAUUCAUAUUUAAAUUAUAUAAUUAAAGUAACUCAUCUACCCCUUUAUCCCCCCUCCUCAAUUUUGUAGUUUGAGAAAUGUUUCAUACAUUAAAAAAACCUUGCAGUUUCUGUUUUGUGUAUUAUGCUGUAUCUCAUCUAAUUAUUUCUAAUGCUUUACUGAAAUUUACUUACAUUACAGAUGCACCACUUCAAGGCAAAUCCUUCUUUGCCAUGGAAACCAAGCCCUACUGUGAAGUCUGCUAUGUAGUGAGUAAUUUUUUACUCAUGUUUUAAACACUUUGAUCUCCGUUUCACUGUAGGUUUACUAAGGGAAGUAAGUUUAAUUUUCUAGGUUUACAGUAGAACCUGAUUAUGUCGACGGCCUCAGGGUUUGCCAAAAAGUGCCGAGAUAACAGAUGAUCGGAAUAAACGAAAACCAAUAUGGCGGCAAUAUAUUAUAAAUGUGCUUGAAAUUUCUUUGUGCGUUUCUGUUGUGUAUAAUUUUUAAAAGCCGGCGAUUGGUCAUGGGGAUCACAUUUGGCAACCUUUUGUGCUCGAGAUACCAGGGUUCGGUGAUAUAAAAGAAUUGACAUAACCAAGGAGAAAAUGCUAAGACUAAGAGGGAAUUUGGCGGUUCCACUCCCAAAACGUUGACAUAACAAGGCUUGCGAGUUAACUGAGUUCGAGAUAAGCGGGUUCGACUGUACUUAGGGAAGUAAGUUUAAUUUUCCAGUUUUACUUGUUUAUUUUCAGAAUACGCUGGAGAGAUGCUCAGUUUGCUCUAAACCCAUCACAGACAGAGUAAGUACCAACUUGACAAACACAUAUUCUCAUAUUUACAUACAAUAACUUGAGUCAUGCAUUUGAGAUAUGCAAAGAUAAGUUUUAGAAGAUAGGGCUGUUAUUAUUUUAGAGAGUAGUCAUUCAAAAGAUUGCUCAUUUUAUCUUGUUUUUUUUUGUAAAUUUUUAUUACAUUAAAAAAAUGAAGCCUUAAGUGUUGUUUUCUACAUCUGCAGGUUUAUUUAUAAACUUGCAGAUGUAGAAAAAACACUUUAGGAUUAAUUUUGUUUUUUCUUUAAAGGUAAUACAUUUUUAAAAAUUAAUUUUUUUUUAAUUUCCUUUAAAAAAAAAAUCUUAAAGUGUUGUUUUCUCCAUCGGCAAGUUUAUUUAUAAAUCUGGGUAAUUUAAUUUGUAAAUGUGGCACAUUUUCUUGUUUUAAAAAUUUCGAUGAUAAAUAUUUAAAAAAAAACUCAUCCAUAAAAACAACUUGUGUUAACUUUUAAACAAUUUUUUGUUCUUAAAAAGCUUUAAACAUUUGUACAUAGUAUUCUUUUUAUUUGGUCUGCAGUAAAGCUUCACUCUUCUUUGAACUCUGUCUCCUUGAAAUUUGAGCAUCGUUAGAACAUUUGAAUUUAACACAUAUUUUGAUAAAUUAUUAACAAUUUUGUCCAUUUCUGAAAAGCUUCUAAGGGCUACAGGAAAACCAUACCAUCCAGAUUGCUUCACUUGUGUGGUGUGUGGUAAAUCACUUGAUGGGAUACCCUUCACAGUUGAUGCCACCAAUCAAAUUCACUGCAUUGAGGAUUUUCACAAGUGAGUUUUGAAUAGUCUCCAGGUAGGGCUCCUUAAUUAAACAUACUGUUUAUUAGGUAAAAUUUUAUUUAUUUAGUGGGUUAAGUGUUUUGAAACUCAGUUAUGUUUGUUAAUUUUUACUAAAAAGAAGAUCAAAUUAAAAAUUUUAUUGUACAAUUGACAUUUCUCAGGUAAAAAGUUAUUAAAAAAUCGUUCAAUAGUGGCUACAAAAUGAUGAAAUUUCUUUGUGCAUAUCCAAGUUGUCCUUUAUUAAAAGUUGUAGUGCUUGUUCUAGAUGUCAUAACUCAAUGAUAAAUGGUAGAAAUAUAGACCAAAGGGUGUACUAGUCAUGACUCAAUGAUAAAUGGUAGAAAUAUAUAGACCAAAAGGUGUACUAAAUGUAAUAACUCAAUGAUAAAUGGUAGAAAUGUAUAAACCAAAUGGUGUACUACUUUCAAUGCAACACUCAGACUCGCACACUCUUGUCUUGUAAAUAUUUUAAUUACAUCAUAAACAAAAUGCACAUCUGAUCUGAAAAUGAGCACAAAGGAUGAACUCAAAACAAACAUUAGCAUUAUAGGUCAGUUUUGUCUAGCUGAAUUUGUUACAACCCAAAAAAUUAAUUUAAGGCUUAUGCCCCCCCCCCCCCCACCCCCCAUUUUUAGAUUCAAAGCUUUACAUCUGUUAUGACAGUACCUAAUAUAAUCCAAUUAAAAAACAGUCAUUCGUUUCACGUAUUCUUCAAACUUAAUUAAGAUCUCAUGCACAGAAGCAUGCUGAUUAAGAGAGUAGAUACAAUAAAAAUUCAAAAUCUUACUGGUUAAAAGCUUUAUUAAAGAAAUUUGUGUUCAUUUUUAAGUCUGUGAUAUAUUAUUUUUGGAACCACCUUUAUAAAGAGCUCUCAGGAAAAUCCAAUGUUCGGCUAGCUUGUUGGCGGCAUAAUAGUUUAAUUCCUUUACAACUAUUUCAUUUUUCAUUUUUUUCCUCAAGAAAAUUUGCUCCUCGCUGCUGUGUUUGCCAGCGUCCGAUCAUGCCAGAUGCAGGUCAAGAUGAGACAGUGAGAAUAGUGGCCAUGGAUAAAUCAUUCCAUGUGGAUUGCUACCGUUGCGAAGUAAGAAUUGGUUAAAAAUCAACAUGUUCAUCUCAAAUUCUGUAUCAUUUUAAGAAUUUAGUUUAAAAAAAUUUCUUUCUUACAUCCCAAGGCACAUGUGUAAUCUUCUUAACUAUAAUAUAUGACCCGAUGUUAUCGGGAUGAUGGUAGGUCCUUUGCGAUAAUUUCUACCUGCUGUUGCAAAAACUCAUCACAAUUCCUAACUUUAAAAAGAAGUGUGUUUGUAGUGAUAUUUACAUUUCUAACAUCAUUAAGUUUUAAGAAGUAUUUAUCUGCUAUAUAUUAUACACCUACCAUACUCCCUUUCAUGCCCGUAACCUACAUUUUUCCCCUCUAAACAUGACCUUAAAUUACCCAAUCUAAAAUAUCACUAAUUAUAUCACUUUUGUCACUACAACAUUUUUUUGUCUUAAAUUUACACACAAAAAAAGUAUAUAUAAUAUAAAAUAUUUUAUAAAGGAAUUUGAUAUAUUAAUAUCUUCAUAUAAAAUUUAAACAAACUUUUGCCUUGAUUUUUAAUUGUAUGUUAUCAGAAAAUUGUAAAACAAAAAAUUCUUUUAUCUAAACAAGAAUCUCGCAACCGCUUUUCAAGUCUAUAAGAAUUGAGUGUCUUUUUUUUUAAAUUGUUAAUCUCAUAAAAAUACACACCCACUUUACUUUUUCGCAAAGUAAAACCAAAAAUAUAUUUUCAUUUUUUUGAAAGAAAAUAUUAACCCAUCUCUCCAUUUUUCAAAAUUAAAUUUUGUUAUGUUUUGAUAUUUAUGGGUAUACUUAUAUAAAUGUAGCCAUGUUUAGUAAAUGUCACUGAUUUUCUUAAUAAUGAACAUACACAUAUUUGUAAAAAGAGAAUGUAACAUUUAUUUUUUCCACAAAUGUAAUACUUUAGGAUUUAAAUAUAUUGUCAUCCACAUAAAAAUUUACACAUCCUAUUUCCUAUCUCCGAUAUAUAUGUACUCAAGAAUGUUAAUUAUUUAUCAAAUUCAUUCCUUUAUUUUGAGACAUAUCUUGUGCUGCCUGGGGCAAAAUGAACAUACCCAUAAUUGUAAAAGACAAUUGAAACAUCUCUUUUUUCACAAAUGUAAUACUAAUACCAUAGGAUUAAAUAUAUUGUCAUCCACGUUAAAAAUAUAUUUCCUACCUCGGAUAUGUAUGUACCGAAGAAGUUUAAUUAUUUAUCAAAUACAUUCCUUUUUUUUUUUAGACGUAUCUUGUGCUGCCUGGGGCAAAGUGACCAACCCCACUACCCCAAGAUUUAAAAAAAAUUAAUAAAAUCUUCCACCGGAUUGUAGUCCCUUCCAUACCCAAAAAAAACCCCCAAAAAACAUAUUUUGCACUUCAUAUGGUUUGCUCUUAUUUGGAUGAGUUAUAUAAGUGGAUUAGUGAAGGCUAUUUGGCUAUGGAGUUUCGCUGCACUGAUUGACUUAAAUAGCAUUUUCUUAUUAAAAGUACCGGGUGUAUUUAAAGAUUAAGUUUUUAUUACGUUAUAAAUUUAAUAAAAAUAUAAUUUUGGAAUUUAAAAAAAAGGAACAACUUAUUAAAUGUUAAAAAUACAAAGCAUAAAUUUUUGUGUGUUUUAUUAACAAUUUAAAAAGCAAUCAAUUAUAUUUUUAUUUUUACUUUUAAGAAGGGGAAAAUACAUUAUCUGUUUUGUAACACUGCAGUUAUUAAAUCAAAGAAACUUAAGAGUUUUGGCCAACAUAGGUGAUUAGCGCUAUGACUCAUUUGUGUGUUUAUUUAGAACAAAUUAAUUUUUAUUUUAUAUCGCAAAUUUAACAACGCAGAAAAACGCACUAAAAACAACUGAUGUUUGGGUUUUCCCCAAAAAUGUGAUUACAAUGUAUUUUUUUAUAAUUAUUUUUUAAUUUAAUUUUUUUCAUAACUUUCAAAUGCAUAUAAAAUGCUUAAGAUAGUUCCUUAGUUGUUACUUUAAAUGUAUUUUUAAUUGAUAAUAAUAAUACUUACACUUUUACUAAAAUAAAAGCGGAUGUAUCAUAUUUUUUGCGCCUUUAAAUUUAUUCGAUUUCCAUAAAAUAAUAGAAAGUAACUAUGAUAAUAAUAAUGAAAAAAUGCUUGUUUGAAUUCUUUCUUUUUUAAAACUACUUAAAUAACAGAGUAAUAUAUUGCACCUACUACCUGUAAUAUUGAUUUACCGUUUCAAAAGCAAAUGAGGCAUUUAACUGUCAGUGUCAACUGUUCUUUUAUCUCUGAGAAGUUCCAACAAUUUAAAAAAAAUAGCCUUUCCCAUUUAAGAUUAAGGCCUUGAAUGCAGCAAUUUUAUUGGGGCGGUAAAGAGGCAGGCGCUAUUGCCAGCUGUUUUCUUAAUGUAUUGAACUGAACAAUUUCUCCCUUCACAGGAUUGUAACUGCCAACUGAGCUCUGAGGCAGAGGGCAGGGGAUGCUACCCACUGGACGAUCACAUCUUGUGUAAGAACUGCAAUGCCAAAAGAAUUCAGGCACUGACCACUAAAAUGGCAACUGAGCUGUAAACAAGGAAGAGAAAUACAAUUUCACUUCAGGUUACCAGAGGAUGCUUUUGGUGAAGAGCAUACUCACCACUGUUGGUGUCACUGUGCCUCUUUGAAGAAAAAAAAAAGUUCUUUGAAAUUGAGAUGAGAUGAAAGUUGUACUUCAACAUUUUAAACUUUAAGAAAUGGCACCAUGUAAGUUGCACUAAUAAAUCUAUGUUAAGAUCCUAGACAAUAUUUGACAAAAACUUACCAGUAUUUAUAAAAAUGAAAGAAAAUUCCAACAUAAUGUUAUAAAAAAAAAAUGAAAUCAGUAUUCAGUUCAACAACGAAUGUUAGUCGCCUCAGGAUCAAACAAUGGGCUUACCCAAAUGUUUGAUAAAUUAUAUUUGUAGUGUUUUAUUUUUAUCCAGUAGACGUCUGAAAUUUUGUUUUGUAACAACUAAAUGAGUGACUGUAGAUGCUGGGAAUAGUUAUACUGUUAAUUAAUUCCCGUAGAACAGGAUUCUUUUUCUGCUGCAUGAACGGACAUAAUAACUUUUAGACUACUUUCUAACAGUUUUUACUUAAUUUCGUAUAGUACCGGUAUGCUAUGAACUGGUCCUUUUCUCUGUAGAGACUUUUAUGUGUUGCAUUAUUUUUGAGGUUAAGAUCUGUCUAAUGAUUUAUUAGAUUACGGUAACAUUCUUUUGUGUAUUCUUGCCAAUAUUUAUAAAAAAAUUUGCCCAUUGCAUUAUCAUUGGUUGAUUCAGUAGAAGGGUCGGAGCAGGGUAUAGUUUCUGCUAUUUUUUGUGUGUUUUCUUUUAAGAAGAAAUCAUUUUUGACAAGAGGUGGUAUGUACUACAUUUUUCAUGAUGUCCAUUUGUCAUUGCUUUCUCUGAUGCUUCCUCCGAUUCAUUAUUGUUGAUAAUGAUUUCAUUCAGAUUCUUGUCAUUAAUUUUUUUUGUUUCCAGUUUAUUGCAAUUUGUUUGUUACUGACCUACUUACCUAAAAAUGGUUUAUUAAUGACCUACUUACCUACAAAUGGUUUGUUACUGACCUACUUACCUACAAAUGGUUUGUGACUGGCCUACUUACCCACAAAUAAUGCUACUUCAGGAUCUAGUCUUUGGAAAUUUCAACCGGUCAUAACCAAAUUUCCUUUUUUUUUAGGUUCAGCCAUAACAAAAUAUUUCACUGCCUGUACGUUUUUUUCUAUUCUUGAACUAUUCAGAUGUUUGUUAAUCUUCUAUGUUAAUCAAGAUAUUUUAAAGAUAUAUUUGUACAUGUCAAGACACAUUGUUGUGUUUGUGUGUUUUGCUUCAAAAUAUUUUGCUGAAAUAGAUGUAUGUAUGCUUGUUUAUUUAUUGCCUACUUGACCAACCAAUCUAAAUUAUGAAUAUCAUCAACUUAAAUUUUUUUGCCAGUACAAAAUAAUCUAUUUAUACAACUAUUGACAUUAUUUUGUAAUCAUUUCAAAUGAGCUGUUGAUUUUUUCACCAAGUUUAUGUUGUCAUCUCUGUCCAUCAGUUAUUAUAUUCACUGGUGAGGGGGCCAUGGAAAUUAGGUCAAUUGUUAAAAAGAUGAUCUGAGUUUCAGACUCCAUUAUUUCAAAACAGAUUUCUAUGAUGAAAGAUGCCAGGAAUAUCUAUGGUACUAGCUUUUAUUUGUUAUACCGGUAACUGACUAGACUAUAUAAUUUGUUACAGAAAAAAAUUGGGCAAAAAAUUUCAAACUUGUUUUUUUUUUUGGCCACAUAGUAAAAUAAGCUUAAGACAAGAGAUAUCAAAGAGAUAUCAUUUAUUGUUACAUGAUUCUUUGUCCUGUCAUUUUGUAUGGGUGUAUUUAAGUUUAGAGAAUUGUUUGAGAGAGAAAAAAAGGUUUGUACAUAAUUUUCUAUAUAAACAUUGAUAUUUUCAGAUGUACCGGUACAUUAUCCAUGCUAAAGCAGUCAUUUCUUUUUAUUUACAUGCUUCUGCUUGUUUGAAUUUAAAAUUUGUGAAGGUUUUAAAUAGAUGUAUACACAUUAAAUUUUAAAAUAAUUGGCACCUGAGUUGGCUUUUUUAAGAAGUUGUCAAAGGGGCCAGUAAUCGGAACAAGCUUUUUUUUAAAGUUCUUUUGGGAGUUUUUUUUUAAAUUGAAUUUUGCUGUUUUGUAGUAGGGGUGAUAUAGAUUCAGUUUUUUUAAAAAUCAUAAUAACUUAUGGCGAAGCACAGGAGUGCCAUCCAGUAAAAAGAAAUAGACAGUGAAAGAAUACGGUAACAAAAAAAAUAUACCAGAAAAAAUUACACAAGGGAGACUAUUACAGCCGAGGCGAAAAAAAAAAUUUAUUUGACCCCUGACUCUGAAACCCUGAUCUAUAGUUAAACUUUAAAAAAAAUAUAUGUUAUCCAGUUUUUGAAGCUAGUUUUGAUAAAAAAAAAUUUUUUUGGAGAAUAUAUUGAUUAUUGUUUGAGUAAUGUCUUGAAAUUGAUGUGGAAUGGUUCAUCUUAAAAAUGGUGUCAUUGUAAAGUAAUGUACAGUGUAAAACUUACUGUUGUGAUAACUGUGUGUCUCCUGAUGAUGCUAAGUUGUUUUUUUUAUAAUGCUUACAUCUCUCUAUAAAAGACAAGUUACUCUAAGACAGGGUACUAACACCCUGUGGGGUGUUGCAUGUAUAUUUAUAGGGCCUUAUUGAAAUUCAUCCAAUAUUUGUCAUUUAUGUAAAUUAUUGGCCAACUUUUGUAUUAAUUAUUUGUUUCAUUUGAAACAUUUUAGCGUUAUUUGCACAAUAGGUAAUUUAAAUUUACAUAACUCUAUUUAAAGCUAGUUAUGGCCCAACAGGCUAUGGCAGCCACAAUGCACAAACUUCUGAUCUACUAAAGUUACUUGACAAAACAUGCAUUCAGGUACCUGG